AUGAGGCGAACUGCAGAAAUCCGACAAUCAUCUCCUGAAGGAAUGAGAACUUCCAUUUCCAGCAUCGAGGCACCCUCCCUGCCCUCCCUGCCUUUUGAAAAAGAAUCAUCCGUUCUCGUGAGCAGAGAAGUGUUGGUCUCCUCAAAUCGGGCUCCUACAGCGUCCCUCCUGCAACCAACCACCAAAAACGCCCAUGUCCCGUCCGUGACUCCCGUGGCGGCAUCAGGAUCUGACCUACACGAUUGGGACUCAAAAUCCCCCGAGAAAUCUUGGAUGCUCUCCAGGACACCAGGCUCGAUCAAAAGAGGGUCCAGGGAGCCUGGUCAGGCGCGCAGUGGCCGGGAGAGCAUGAAGGCACUGUCAGACUUCCUUAUGACCAAGGACCCCCCGCCAACGAACCUCAUGAGUAUUCCUGCCGAGGAAGAGAGAGACUUGACGUCGUUAAAAAAGGGUGCGCUAAGAUUCUUCAAAAAGAGGAAGAGAGAGUCUCCGCGGCUCAUGAAACUCCCUGACAGCGCUGUUGCUGCCCAUACUCGCAGUGGAUCCAGGCACAUUGCCAUCUCUAUUCCCAUGGAGUACGCUCAUGUGCAGGAAGCAGCACCUACAACACCACUCAGACAAUUUCCAUCCCGCCCGCCAACCCCGUCAACCAAAUCUACGACAGAGCAAAGGAGUGCGGCUACCACCCUCAAGCCUGUGGAGGAAGUCUGGGAAUCUGCUUCUACGAGCCUUCCAGGCGACGGCGAGGAGACCCUCUCGGGUCCCCCGAGUCCUCUGAAUGCGAACUUCUCUCCAUCCAUCUUGAUACCGUUUCCGAAACCAAAUGUCCGGCCAAUCAGUGGUCACAACCCGGACUUGGCGAGAAGCCAUUCCCCGCCAUCAACCAGAAACGAUCCACAGGCAUCGCAGAAGAGCUACAUUGCCGUCUCUCCUUUUGAGGGCUGUAAUGACGACCUGCGGCUCAACGAAAUUCGGGAGUCAGUAGAAACAGUGUUAAGCCAGAUGUCUAGCGCCACUUCAACCGGACAUACGCCUGGAGUCAGCAGUGUGUCGAUGGCACCAACUGUCACACCGAAGAAUCCAGACUUUCCGCCCCGGAGCUCGAGCAUAUUCAGGACGACAAAGAACAAACACGACCAAUCGACUUGCAACUCGAAUCUCAUCAACGAGGAAGAGGAAAACCAAGUCUUGGAUGGAACCCCGAACCCACCUCCGGCGGACCGACCGGGCUAUAGUAUCAGCACCUCGCCAUCUCUACCAGCAGAGCUCGGCGUCGCAGUCAGAGGUUACAAUGCGUCUGGUCGCCCACAGGUAGUACGGAACGGAACUCCGAAACCUUCAGAAUCCGGACCCUUACCCGACGCCCCGGAGGGGCUAGCCAGCCUCCCAGUUAUAGUUGCACUUCCGCAGAAUGUAUUUGUCCCUCGCACGUCCACUGCAGCUCCAUUGAGAACCAGCUCCGUCUCCCACGCAGCUCCUAGCUCGAAAGACCGGGCCGAGACGACAGCUGCAGCGUCACGCGCGAAUCCCAACAGAGACGGCAUGGAGGAGUCGAUCCUCGCUACCCGCCAAUACAGGCAGGAGCGGGUGAAAGCUCGGAAGCUAAGAGAUAUGGAGUCGCUGCGUGCUCAGUCCGAUAGUCGUCGCCCGCUUACCGAGUCCCGCGACAACGACAUCAAUGUCACUAAAGACCCGACUCAAAGCCAAGCAGUGCUCACUGCACCCCGACGCAGCUCUAAGAGGGGUCCCAGGGGACCAAUUAAAGCAUCAGUAAACAGUCUGUCGCCGAUCAUGCUGGUAGCGGACCUACCACCUUGCCCCGAAACCGCAUCCGAUCUCCCGUUCCGGAUUUCCUCUAUCCGAGACUUGAAAAGGACCAACAGGACUAGCCUGAAGUCCCCGCCACUAUCCGCGACGUUGCUCCAAUGCAAAAGCAAUUUCACGUUGCCGCUCUCCUCCUUCUCCCCCUACGACUCGGACUCGGACGUCCUGCCCCCGACGACCUCGAUCGCCAGCAACAACGUGCGCACCUCCAUCACGGCGUCCUCGAGGAGCUCCGCCGCGCUGUCCACGCGCCGGGAGGAGCGGCGGACCCGGCGGAACGUCAAGCUCCGCGAGAAGGAGAUGGACGCCCGGCUGAACAAGAUGGAGCAUGACAACAUCCUGCUGCUGCAGACGCUCGGCGGCGUGGCGGAGAGCUUCGGCACGCUCGGACGCGUGGGCAUGGAUCGCCUCGAGGAGAGGCGGCUAUCCGGCCGAGGCCGGCCGAGCGAUGAGCUCUGGUCGUCGCCGACGACGGGAGAGGGCGUAGAUUCUUUCAUGCAGGAGCUGCGGAGCGGGGGCGUGCCGCUUGCUGCGCCUGCUGUGCGUGGCCUGGGGCUCGUUCAUCCUAGCCCGGGUAUCCCUCGCGGGAGGACGCGAGGGAGGUGUAGUAGAGGGGAGAAGGAGGAUUACGAGGAUGAGGAAGAGGGUUAA